AUGAUGAUCGUCGGUGAUACCUUCGGCUUUUAUCAAUUAGUGCUAAGAAAACAUGCAUGCAGGCUACGUUACAUCCUACAUCAAUUAAAUAGCGGUCAAUUGCCUUUGGAGGAUCUGAAACGAAACAUCGAAUAUGCAGCACUCGUGCUUGAAACCGCUUACAUGGAUGAGACCCGACGGAUAUGCGACGAAGACGAUGAUCUGGCUGAAGUCACCCCGGAAACUGUUCGCGAAUGGUUGACGGCUACGUUCACUCGACAAAAUGCCGGCAAAAAACGGGAAAAACCAAAGUUCAAAUCAGUGGCCAACGCCAUUCGAACUGGAAUCUUCUUUGAUAAGCUCUUCCGUAAGCAACAGAGCGUUCAGUGUCCAAUUCCACCGGAAAUCUCCGAGCAACUCAGGGUGAGCAUUACUUUUUUUGAGAAGUAG